CGCUGGCUGUUGCGCAAUGUGUCCGGGCGGUGGCGCUGUGUACUCCACCAGCAGCAGUAGCGGGCGGCCCCCUGGCGGUCAGUGCAAGAGUACUGUGUGUGUGUGUGCCGCUGCUGGGAGACGCUCUAUCCCCAUUCCCCGUCUCCUCCUCCUGUUGCCGGCGUUUCUAUGGACACGGGCCACACGGCAGAGGCCUAUUCCCGUGCACCAGGCCCGAUUCCGACAUCCGGGGAGGUGGGGACCCCGCUGGCGGCCGGAGUGCUGGAGGAUAAAGGAGCGGGGUCCCUGGAAGCUCAGUGGCGUCUCAGUGUGGGUGGCAGUACAGGGCUGUGACAACUCUCCAAAGAUGACUCCACAGGUAUCUCCUAAAACAAUGGCAAACAGUCAGUUAUGUAUUCGCCGCUGGACUACUAAACAUGUGGCCAAAUGGCUGCGGGAAGAAGGAUUCUGUGACUAUGUGGAUAGCCUGUGUAACAAACAUCGGUUAGAUGGCACAGCUUUGUUAGCAUUAACAGAAUAUGACUUGCGCUCUCCGCCAUUAGAAAUUAAGGUGCUGGGGGAUAUCAAGCAUCUUAUGCUUUCUAUCCGCAAGUUGCAAAAACAGCAUGCUAGUGUCCUGGAGGAGUUAGGUCUGAGCAGUGAGCCAACGCCUGGAACCCUCGGCCUUAGCUCUCCACCAAGCCCUGACUGGUUAUGUAAUGGGGAGCUGCCUCGAGAAUAUGAAGGACACGGAGCAGAUUCUAGUGUGGAUCCACAUCAGUACUCCAACGGAAAGCACAAACAUCCACCAAAGAGACUGGACCCAGAGUACUGGAAGACUGCCAUCAGCUGUGUUUAUGUUUUCAUAGUUUUUGGCUUUACAUCCUUUGUGAUGGUUAUAGUACAUGAACGUGUUCCUGACAUGCAAACAUACCCACCUCUACCAGACAUCUUCCUAGACAGCGUCCCUCGAAUCCCCUGGGCCUUCGCAAUGACAGAGAUGUGCGGAGUGGUUUUGUGCUACAUCUGGAUCCUCGUACUACUUCUCCACAGGCACAGGUCGAUUCUCUUACGCCGACUCUGUAGUUUGAUGGGGACUGUUUUUCUCUUGCGAUGCAUCACGAUGUUUGUCACAUCGCUGUCCGUCCCUGGGGAACACUUGCAGUGUUCAGGAAAGCUCUAUGACAAUAUGUGGGCAAAGCUUCAGCGUGCUUUCGCAAUAUGGAGUGGCUUUGGCAUGACUCUCACUGGAGUGCACACGUGUGGAGACUACAUGUUCAGUGGGCACACUGUGGUUCUGACCAUGCUGAACUUUUUUGUGACAGAAUACACUCCACGAAGCUGGAACUUUCUGCAUACCCUGUCCUGGGUACUCAACCUCUUCGGCAUCUUCUUUAUCUUGGCAGCACAUGAACAUUACUCUAUUGAUGUCUUCAUUGCAUUUUACAUCACUACAAGACUGUUCCUCUAUUACCACACUUUGGCUAAUACACGUGCUUACCAACAGAGUCGACGGGCGCGCAUUUGGUUCCCGAUGUUCUCAUUCUUUGAAUGCAAUGUAAAAGGACCUGUUCCUAACGAGUACUGCUGGCCUUUCUCUAGGCCUGUCUUUCUGAAGAACUUAUUCAAUUAAACUGUUGUGCCCAUGCACUAAUAAAACAAUAUAUAUAUUUACCAGAGAUCAUCACCCCUCCGGGAAUGCCCAGGACUGUCUUAUGAAGCAUUCUCCUUUCUUGUCCUUUGGGCUUACUGUGUGUGCAGGUACUGUAGAAGCAUGAAGCAUCUAUAUUGGCUGCAGAACAUUUCCUUAUGAAAAGUAUAUGUUUGAUGGACAAAGUAUGGGAAGGUUGCCCAGUAGUUUUAAGACACUAGUCUCAUGAUGAACAAUGUAAUCAAUAAAUGUGGCCAUUAGGUAUGUACAAGCCAGUAUAUGAAAUCAUUGUUUGGGUUAUCCUUGGCUUGGGAGUCUUACACACAAAAAACAUUGACUACGGUGGGAAUAACGUAUAACAUGUUUUACUGAUCAAUAUGCAUUUGUGUUGCGAAACUAAACUUUUUUUUUUUUGAUUGCUUCUAAAAAAUGGUGGAAAUUGCUUUAAAAAGUUCUAGCUAUAUUGUUAAGCAUUCCUUUAAAAUAUUUGAUAUAAUUUGCAUCUCUGAUACAUUAUUUAAUUGCAGAAGCCAAUUCUGAUAUGCCCAAAUGACUAAUAGUCUCCUUUUAUAUAUCAGAGAACAAUUUAAACUGCGGUGUCACUUCUUUGUUUGCCAAAACCAGUGAGGUCGGUGUUAAAAACUUUCUUUGCAUAUACUCCCAUUUGCUAUUGGGUAGCCCCUGAUCUGAGAUGACUAAACAGCAUUGUAUGUUGUGCGAAGGUAAAAUGUAUGAUGACUCUGCUUUGGCGAUACUGUCCAACGCUCCUGCAAACCAGGUCAUUGGCCUUUAUUAUCAGCUGCUCUAGUCAGAUUACACAGUAGACCUUAUACUGUAUAUGAUGGGUUCUGUUUUGUUUUUAUUCCUAACAUGCUGCUAUGUUAAAUCCUCUUUCAACUCUGAUAUUUAUUGAACAAUUUAAUGUUGCAUAGAUAUUGGUAUAUUUAUUUUCCAUAGUCUGGCAAUUCCAUUCCUUCCUCAGUAUUCCUUAGUACUGUCAGUUCUGGUGAUAAAUCUGAAAGCACGCUCCCAGCAUUUAUGUAGUUGGCAAACACAAAAAUAACUGCACUUUUUCAAUUCAAAUGUGAAUAUUUUAAUUUUAUUUGGCAUGUAAAAAAAUAUGAAACUAAUUUAUGUUGAUAGGUAGAAAAUACCCCGUGCUUGCUAAACAACUAAUAUAAUGUCAGGUAAAUGGCAGUGAAACAUUCAAAUGCCAUUCUUUUCUCUAUAGCUCUUGUAAUAGCCUCUGUGAUUCAGUCUGCAAGAAAGCAUGUGGUUGAUCAUUGGCCUUUGUAAAGCCAUACAAUUUGUGCACUGCAGUUACUUCUUUAGUAAACCUCCGGUGUACAUAGUCUGCAUAUUCUCUGGCUGUGGAUUGUGGGUAUUGUAGUUCAGCAAGUGCCAGAUCCAGAAAAGUGUCAACCUUAUAUCUAUAGAUUGGCAUUUCCAUUAACUAAUUCAUGGGUUUUCAAGUUCAUUCCUCACCAACAGGUCAUGUUUUCAGGAUUUCUGCCUGUGGAAACAGGUGGAUAAAUUACUUUAAUAAGCAAAAUAGAUUAACUCACCUUUGCAUGAUUAAAGAAAUCCUGAAAACAUGACCUGUUGGGGUUACUUAAGGAUUGGCAUUGGAAACACCUGAAGUCUAAAUUUAAGUCCUCAAGAAUGGAGAAAAGUAGAAAUGUUCUAGCUUGCAAUAAUUUUAAUUGUACAAAUAUAACAUUCUUUAUUGUUGUAUUCAUAAAUACAUUGAGUAUUGAAUACUGAUGUGUAUUUAUUAUGACCCGCACACAGAAAAGUAUUAAUUCGGAGUUAGUAAAAUUGAUCUGUGUAUCAGAGCGCAGUGUGAUUAUGAAGUUAGAAGAUAAUAGUUUAUGUAUGAUUUUACCUUCAUGCCUGGCCACUAACUUCUGUGUCUGAUUCAUAUAUCAGCCAGUUAUUACCUAUAUACUUAUAUCACUGGGCCUGAUUCAGAGUUGCAAGCAAAGACAAAAAGCACACAAUUGGACAACACCAUGGUGCACUACAGGUGGGGCUGAUAGAACAUGUGCGGAGAGAGUUAGAUUUAGAUGGGUUAUAUUGUUUCUGUGCAGGGUAAAUACUGGCUGCUUUAUUUUUACACUGCAACUUAGAUUUCAGUUUGAACACCCACCACCCAAAUUUAACUCUCUGUGCACGUUUUAUCAGCCCCACCUGCAGUGCUCAUGGUUUUGACGGGUUGGGACCAUGUUACCGGCGGUCAGGAUCCUGGUGGUCAGCAUCUCGACGCUGGGAUCCCGGCUGCAGAAUGCAGAGGGGGGGAGGGGGAUGAGCGCAACACAGCCCCUUGCAGGCUCGGUGGCAAGCUUUGCUUGCCACAGGUUCUAUUCCCACUCUAUGGGUGUCGUGGACACCCACGAGUGAGACUAGUCCCUUCUAGUCGGCAUGCCGACUGUCUGUAUUGUGAGUGUUCGGGAUGCAGGAGGAGGUUAUGUGUCCGUCAGUCACAUAACUACAUCCCGUUUUGACCAGUUGUGUGCUUUUUGGCUUUGCUUGCAACUCAAUCAGGCCCACUGGGUCUUUUUAUUUCAGUACAGUAAGCAUCACAUGCAGUGUUUACAUGCAGACCCAUAUAAAAUCAGGAUUUUUCCUGUUUGACAUUAAAUUUUGGUUUGCGUUCUCAUCUUGUUACUGUUGACUACAUCACAGGAUUGGUUUCCGUUAGCCCAAAAGUUGACUUGGGAUAUGUGUAUUGUUUACAUGACUGUGAUAAUGUAUUAAAGAUGAGACGAAUUUCAUCAAA